AUGCAAACACAAUGUAUCCACAACUAUGUGACAUACCAUCAAUACUGUAACUAUUUUACUCGUGGAAACCACAGAGGAGCUUUUGUAGAAUGGGUAUGUAUAGAAUCUAUUUGCCCGUCACAAUGCCAAUGUUCCAAUAUUUCUGCCAUCUGUCGUCCAGUGCUAAGCAGCUUUCCGUCUGGUCUACCAUCAGAAAUUAUCAAUUUACAUCUGAGUGGUACUUUUGCCUCUAAAAACAAUAUACCAUCAAUAGAACGUGCGUACUUUUCGUCUUUACCAAAUUUAAAAAGACUUUAUAUUGCCUUUAGCAAUGUGAAAUCCAUUGCAGAUGGCUCUCUACCAUCAUCUUUGAUUACACUGGAUCUUUCCUUUAACAAACUUGGAGAAAUUUCAGAGGACACGUUUAAAGGAUUGAAAUUUCUUAGAACCUUGCAUUUGUCUGGAAAUAAUGGAACUGAAAUAACUCUCUCUGCUUUCAAGGAUUUGACCAAACUUACAGAACUAUACCUCGCAGAAAUGGGUUUGACAAAGCUGGAUAAACGCUUUCUUAAUCCUCUGGGUAUGUUGAAGACUUUGGACCUUCACGGAAACCAUAUCAAACGCCUGGACUGGAGUUUUACUAAAACCAGCAAUAACCUAGCAUACAUAGAUAUAUCUGGGAACUUGUUUACCGAGCUAUCAAAUUCAAGCGUCUUAACAUUACCCAAUAUCAAGACUUUGCGUUUAGACGGAAAUGAGUGGCACUGCAAUUGUGCUUUAGAAUGGGUAAAGAUACUUCCUAGUCCGAUGCCACAAUCCGUAAUAUGUUCCUCGCCAAAUUCUUUGCACUAUCAAUCAAUCAUUAAUGUUCCUUCUUCACAUUUCAUAUGUGUACCUGCGUCUGCUAACUGUACAUCAACAACAUUUACCGGUAAAUAUCACACUCAGCUGGAGAUUUCAUGUACACUUGGAGGGGAUCCAUUUCCUAAUAUUGUCUUUAAAAGACCCGAUGGCACAAAACUGGAAUAUUAUAACUACAAUGAAGCAAACUAUGUAGUGUCUGAAACCGGUGUCCUCACAAUAAAGUCUCUGGAUGUUGUAGAUAACGGAGAAUGGAAACUUGAAGCCAAUAACGUUAGAAAACAGAACGAUGUGAGUCUGACCGUGACUGUAACAGACAUCCCGACUACCACUACCACCACAACUACCACAACCACUACCACCACUCCUACCAUCACAACCACCACCACUCCUACAACCAGUACCACCAUCACCACCACCACUCCUUUAUUGACCACCACAACUACUAUUACACUUAAAACCACUACUUCAAGCAUCAGCACAACCUUGCCUACUUCUAUUACAGCCACAACUACCUCACUUGCAGCAAAAAAUACAAGGCAACAAAAUGUCAACCAGACCAAGCCGGUGGAUAUGAUAAACACUAUUUACGGGCUGGUGGGAGCGGUCUUAGGAUGUUCUGUUUUUAUUCUGACAAUCUGUUUCAUAUUGUACUGUUGCACUAAAAAGAAAGGAGCAUGUAACGAGAAACAAACUCUUGUUGAAAAUAUCAGGUUGUGGAUUUCAAGAAGGUUUCAAAGAGUACACAACAUCAACCACACCGAAAAUUUAAGUUUGUGAUCGAUUAAACAAAUAGCAAGGGAACUAGACAAAGUAGCUUAUAUACAUGUAUGUA